AUUUUCAGGAUAUUUUACGAGUGGUUAGGGACAAACCUGUACCGGUAUCUCAGUAUCUGUCUGUCUUGGCCAGGGCGGGAGCAGGAAUCAGGAAAGAGAGAAGUUUUACUUUGCAAACUAUGCAUCUUAAUCAUGGAUCAUGUGGAUAUUGAAUUUCUUGCUGAAAGAGAACAUGUAUCAAUCAUUCCCAAGUUCAAUUCUGACAAAAUGUUUUUGAUAUCCGGCGAAGUUGGACCAUUUAAUGUCGGUGUUCCUACAGAAGUUCCAAUUUGGUUAGCAAUUAAUUUGAAACAGAGAAAUGAAUGUCAGAUUCAACGCCCUACUUGGAUGGAACUUGUCACACUGGAAACAAUGAAGGAAGAUGAAAGCAAUAGCGAACUCUUUACUCCUCUACCUAGUCCUUACUUCCAGGAAAUUUCCCAUAUUCUACUAAAUCAAGCAACUGAUAAUAUACCCCACGCUGAUGGUAUAAGGACUAUUAUUAAAGACAUUUUGGAUAUAAGAGUUGCUAAGUUAAGAAGCAGCAUAGAUAAAUUUGUAAAACUGAAAGCUACCUAUGCCAAGCUGGAUAAUUUGUCACAAAUGGAAAUAAAUACAGUUAGGGCUUUUUUAACAACUGCACUAGAUCAUAUGCGUAACCUCGACAAGACUGAAAAAUUGACAGAACAGUAUGCUUCUGUGAACUAAUAUAAGUUUCUCAACAGCCUUCUUGACAUUUCUAGUCAACAGUGGACAGAGAGUCUGGAAUACCAAAAAAUGGGCAUCCACCCUCCUGGAUGAACAUAAAAAUUCAUCUCAUCUUUAUGGGAUGCAUGUGCCUAUGUCAGGGAUCAAUAUAUCGUUUUAUGUUCUGCCAACGUUAGCAAUGACAUACACAUUUUCAUGCAGAAUUUUUGUAUUGAACAGUAUUACAAAAGAUUGUCACAAUGCACAAUUUUUAAAACUGAAAUAAAACACAUGAAGCACCAA